AAACAAAACGGUUAAGAAACUAAAGUAACCGUUGCCUUCUUCAUCAUUGUUGCUCGUUAUAUACAUCCUUUUUGGUGAAAUUUUUGCUAAAUUGUCAGAAUCAUCCAUGAAACGUAAAAGUUAAUAAUAAAAAUCGUUUUCAAAAUGAAAGAAAUUAUAUUGCUGCCAUAACCUACGCUUCGCCUAUUUGCGUUACUAGCUCAAAUCAAAGAGCUUUUGCAGCUGUCACCAAUAAGUGUCAGUCGUCUCUGUACUUACUGUAGUUUAAUUGUUUCGCAAAAUGGCAGUGAAACAUAAAGUGGUCGAGUGUGUCAAGCAGCCCCAAGUGGAUCCGUGCCUUUCUAUGUUGCUUAGGGUGCUCCAAAGCCUUCACGAGAAUCACAAUCUGCACGAAGAAGACUGUUUGAAUGUUUGCGAAAGGAUUGUAACUCACUUGGGACGUCUUUCCAUCCCUACAGUGCCGGAAGAGUAUGUCGCAUUUAUGGCGGUGAUUAGGCGGAUUCAGGAAAUCUUAAUGGAAGAAUGUCGGAGCAAUGAUAUGAUCGUCGCGACCCUCAAGACAUUUUAUAGUGCAAUUUCAAGCCCUGACUACACCCCACAGCCUACAAUUUCGAUUGUUUUACAGCUGCUUAAUGUGGAAACCCUACCCGAAGCUGUGAAGUUUAUUUUACAAUCGGGCUGCAAAGAGCAAAGUUUAGAAAUCGCGAUGAAGACUUUGUGCAAUUGGUUGUCAAAGUGGACUUCGACGCCGAAUUUGGGACCUCUAGUGUUUCAUUUUAUGGAAGGCCUCGCCGCCGAGCAACACAUUGAUAUUUUAAUUGAGGUCACUUUGACCUACAUCGAACGACUGUUUAACCUGCUCGUGCUAAAAGAUUCCCGUAAUUCAGUUGGCCCUGUUGUCUUAUACAUGCUGUCGAGCAUGCAGCACGAUCCGUCUGCGUUCCACAAAGUAAUCCCUCUCGCCCCGACGGUGUUCCAUUGUUUACGCGACGAACAGUCGGAGUCUAGUCGCGCCUACUUAGAGAGUAUCAUCAACAUAUUCGUCGCUUUAAUGAAUCAUUUUCCCGAUCACGAUGUGCUUUACGAAAAAUUGUGGUGCGCCAUUAAUUCUGUCAGUCCAAAUGUGAACUACGGCCAACAGUUAAACCACAAUUUCUGGCUGACCAAGUCGCCGCUCACCAGUUUAACGCAGUCCACAUUGGGAAAGGUCGGACUGAAGAAUUUGGGCAACACUUGCUAUAUGAAUAGCGUCCUACAGGCGCUGUUUAUGACCCGAAUGUUCAGGAAUGAUAUUUUGGCGACCACCCUUAGGGAACUGAUGCCGUUAUUCGGCAAGUUGCAGGUAUUAUUCGCUCUACUGCAGUAUUCACGUCGACCCUCACUGUCACCGAACGACAUUCUAACUUUGGCUAGACCGCCCGGUUUUCAAAGGGGACAUCAGCACGACAGCUCCGAGUUCCUGGGUUACCUUUUGGAUACUCUCCACGAGCAAGAAAAAUCAAUGUGCGCUGCUCGGAUUGACGAUGAUGAUCCUGCGGGGUCAAAUUCGGAGAGUCCAACCAUCGUGCAGCGUUCAUUCGGAGGUCGCGCGGUGACUAUAUCAAGAUGUAAAACGUGUGAUACACAAAGUGCGCGCGCCGACAGCUUCCGGGAACUGCAGCUGUCCUUCCCAAACAGCCUAGGCAAUCACUCCGUUCAGACUUUGCUCGAUUACUACCUACAGCCGGAAAAAUUGUGCGGCGAUAAUCAAUACCAUUGCGAUUACUGUCGUGGCUUAACGGACGGCGAGCGGGUGACGCGCGUCGAGCAACUUCCCGCGCGAUUAGUUCUAACCUUGAAACAUUUUCAUUACGAUCCUCUAUCGCAACGGCGCACGAAGCUAUUGCAGCAUGUCACGCUCGACUCACAUGUGCAUAUAGAAAACACGGCGUACGAGUUAUACGCCGCCGUCGUCCAUGUUGGUUCAAAUUUGGAUUCGGGACACUAUUACACGUACGCGCGCGGCAGUGAGGAUUGGUACAAGUUUAAUGAUUGUAUAGUUACCCCCGCCACGGCGGAGGAACUGUGCACAGUUAGACCUCCAGAAACGCCUUACAUUUUGUUCUAUAGCCGAUUAGACUGUUCCGAUCCCGAACCGUUACCCCGAUCCUCGUUGUCACAGAGUCUGGAAAGUUCUUUGAAAUUAGAAUUGGAAUUAGAAGUAGACAGAAGGAAGCGCCCCAUUAAAACGUACGACGUUCGUUACAGACGAAAUGAUGAGCCACCUCCACCGGGUUGCGGGGGAAGUUCUUUUAUAGAUUCUAGCAGUAAUAGAUAUGUUUGCUAACUGUAUAUAACGAGUAUAGUUUGUAGUUCCUAAUACUGUCAGAUGUAUAAUAUUUCAUAUUUAUUGAUCAUUAAUGAAUUUGUUUGUUCAAACUUAUAUAUAAAUUAAAGGUUACUUUGUACUGAG